GCGCGGUGAGAGCAUCAGUCGAGCGCGAGAAGUGCAGGAGUGGCGAUGGCAGCCACAGCAGCCCCCAAAAAGCAACCCUCGCACACGUGGUGCGUGUACUUUGGCCUGUUGGGCCUGCUCGCCCUGCAGCUCGGCCUCUCGUUCGCCCUCUACCGCUACAUCCUCGCCGUCGACCUGAAGGUCGAGCAGGGCUUGACCCUGCGGAGGGCCAAGAGGGCCGUCGACGAGAACGUGGUCGACGAGGCCAACGUCGAGUUCUUCCACCCCAACUUGCGGCAGGAGCUAGAGGAGAAGGACGCGGUUAGGCAGGCGGCCACGCCAAAGUCUUCGAAGGACGCUGAAAAUCCGUGGCUCUACCUCACAUCCUACUCACGUGUACCGUUGGGCGCCAUCCAGGAGUUCUGCGAGGCAGCGCUCAAGAACUGCCCCCCGGGGCCCAUCGGCCCCACUGGCUUGCCGGGCAUCAACGGAGAGAAAGGCGACAAAGGGGACAGAGGCGACCGAGGCUUACCUGGUGAAUCCGGCGUGCGCGGUCCGCCUGGUGCACGUGGCGAGCAUGGCUUAAAAGGCCACAAGGGCGAGCCGGGAUGGCCAGGCACCCCUGGCCUCGACGGUCGCGACGGCAUUCCUGGUGAACCCGGAUUGGACGGAAUCCCAGGGAGAAAUGGAAUGGACGGGAUCCCUGGAACUGAUGGCAUACCAGGAUUCAAUGGAGAACCUGGCAUGCCAGGGAUAAACGGAACUCAUGGCAAGUCCGGACCAAUGGGACCAGUCGGACCUCCAGGACCUAGAGGACCCCAAGGAAUUGCCGGGCCGCGCGGCCGACCCGGCAAAAAUGGCCAAGAUGGAACUCCGGGCUUACCAGGAAUUAGCGCUUGGACCGUGAACGGGGCCAAAGCUAAUGAGCUGCUCAUUCCACCCUCCAUCGCAGGAGCGGGCCCCAAUUUAGUGAGUGGCAAGGCGAUCGUCGUCCAUGAAAGCGUCAACGUGCGCCUCCGAUGUGCAGCCUCAGGCCAACCGAAACCAGACGUCGAGUGGUACCGGCUCACAAACUCGACCAUCCCCCUCGGCGCCUGGCAAGCUGUGUCGGUCACCGGGCACACGUUCAACAUCCCCAAGAUAAACCGCGAGCACAUGGGCAUCUACCGCUGCAUAGCUAACAAUGGGGUGCCGCCACAAGCCAACCAGACGUUUGCAGUCGAGGUCCACUUCCCUCCGUUGAUCCGCAUCCACCGGCAGAGAGUUUCCGCCUACUCGAACUCGACUGCUCGGCUCGAGUGCGAGGUGGAGGCGUUUCCUGAGGCCAUCAGGUACUGGGAAAGGGCCGACGGGCGUCUGUUGGAGAACGGUGACAAAUACCGCAUCUCUGUGAUAGAGAUCGGCAGAUACAAGGCCCGCAUGCAGUUGAACAUCACCAGAAUCAAUUCGCACGACUACGGCCGCUACCACUGCAUCAGCAAGAAUGAGCUGGGCCAGACCACAGGCGUGUUCACAGUGUUCGAAGUCGAUCCGCGUCUGGCGACGCCGCCUCCGAUCGGCAACCCGGACACGACCAUAAUUGGGCAAAUGCCACCCGAACACAAGUCCAUGGAGGACCUCUGUCCAGCGCCCGUUUGUCCAGAGUGCGUCCCAGAGCCUCCUACAAAGGGCAAGUGCACGGACGGCGGACUGUCUCUCUUUGAUCUCAUUGGACGCAUGGAAAUCAGACAGUUUGGAAAUGAAACCUACCCUGGAUUGCCAAACAGGACGUUUGAUUGUAUUCUAUAUGCCGUUGGCAAGCCGGUCUUCCACAGAUUUACCGACAAAUCGUAUGGCGCGUGGAUGCGCGACUCGCACCCUCGAAAUGACAUAAUGGCCGAUAAAUACUGGGUGACCAAAGAGGAGGACAACAACCACCUGUUCGAGUUCUCCAACAAAACUCAAUACAGGAAGAACGUGCCAUCAAGAAAUUACACGCUCAGCCCACCAUUCAUGGGCAACUCACACGUCGUGUACAACAGCUCCUUCUACUACAACCAAAAGAACAAACCCCACAUUGUGCGAUACGACAUGGCUACCGAGAGCGCGCGCUCCGUCGAGCUGCCUGGGGCCUCGUCCACAGACAACAACAAGCUCUUUGAUAAGGGCUUCAACUACGUGGACAUUUCGGUGGACGAGAAUGGCCUCUGGGUGGUUUACGGUCUGCCCGAGAAUAACAACACCGUCGUUGUGAAGAUGGACGCAUUCACCCUGAAGAGGGAGUAUUCGUGGAACAUCAGCGUGGACCACCACAAGGUUGGAGAGAUGUUUAUAGUUUGCGGCGUUCUCUAUGCCGUGGAUAGCGUCACCGAGAGGGACACCAAGAUCAGAUUCGCACUGGAUUUGUACAAGAAUAUGCUUCUUGACGUAUCUCUUCCUUUCACAAAUCCAUUCCGGAAAACCACCAUGAUCAGCUACAACGCCAGGAGCAAGGAACUUUUCACCUGGGACAAAGGCAAUCAGCUGACAUAUCCGAUUCGGUACCACGAGUCUGGCUACAAUUCGACUAAAGAGGAUCCAAACUUUGCUGCUACCAAUGUACAGAAGACCGACUUUGAAAUCUACCAAACCUCAGAAGCACCAUACCCAGACAACACCCACGAUCAAUAAAAAAUGCAAGUUCACUGAGAACAGCUUGACUUAUUAAGGUGGCGUGAGAUGCAAAAUGUUUAAGGAAACGGCUGCAAUAUGUAUGAAAAGUUUUCAAAGUGCCUAACAGAGUUUGUAAUGAUUUUGGGAGAAAUUGUGUAUAGGAUAAGCACAAAUGGCAUCAGUUCAUAUGUUGGAUGGAAUUAAUGUGUUUUGCCUGAGUUGCAAAGGAGAUAGUGAAUAGAUUAAAAAACUUCUCGAUAAACAGAAGCGAUAUUAAAAUUAACUAUUGUGUGAUAUGUGUUGCAAAUAAUAAAUGUUGUAAUAUUAAACUAA